AUGAUGAUGGAUGGAAAUGUCGCGAUCAGUUGCGAAAAUGUGAAAAGUGUGUCAAACGCAUCACAAGUAUUAGAAGCAUUUGGAGAAUUAUGUGAUAUGAAAAUCAUUUUAAGUCAAAGAGAAUUUACUGACCAAGUUCUCGAUUUGUAUACAAAAAAUGGUGAUGAAACAUUAAGAACGAGUAUUGGACAUAUGAUGAUUAGCGAUGACAUUCCCAAUCAAGAUAUUAUCGAUUGGUUUGGGAAGUAUCCUGAUCGACAAGAAUGGGUUCUAUGUGAUAAACAUCUUCCGAUAUUGUCAUACUUAUUUAACACAGAAAUUCGUAUUUGUUCAAUUGAAAUCAAUUCAAUAUACGGAAGAGUAUUUGUUGAGCAAAGAAAUGUCAACACUAAUCAGCCAAUUCUUUCAUUUGAUUCGAGUAUUUUUGUCGUGUUGGACGACAAACAAAAAAUCAUAUGUUUAUUUAAAAUUUGCGAAUUAAAAUUGAAUUAUCUUCUUGAUCAAUUACGUUUAUCUCGAGAUAUGCCAUCCAAAAUCCGUCUAUACCAUCAAAUUGCUCUACAUUAUCGUUUGAAAGCGGAACAUUAUGAGGGUGUUCAUCGGCUAAAGGCUUUGCCAAUGUGGAACAAUGCAAAAGAGAACUAUUCGAAUAUCAUUCAAUUGGAUACAACUGAUUCACUUGCAACGCUUGGUUACGCACGUUGUCUUAUUAUGCUUAGUAAAUGGAAGAAAGCAGCAGAGUUUCUGCGUGAAACACUCAAAUCACAUGAUGAUUCGAAUGAAGCUUGGUUUUUAUUAGGUUUAGCAUACCGAAAAUUACGAAGUUAUGAUGAUGCGAAAUAUGCGAUUCAACAAUCAUUGAGGAAGUUACCGGAUUGUAAAGACGCGGCCAGCGAAUUAAAAAUCAUUCAGCAUUUACAAUCAGAGAAAAUUAAUGAACGUCUAAACGUUUACGAUCGUAUGACAACUCCUGUUCAUCAUGGUGAACAUGGUUCAGAUUUUAAUAUUUUAUCGAUUGAUGGAGGUGGAAUUCGAGGUUUGUUGCCAGCUGUUUGGCUAGCAGAAAUUGAACGUCGUACAAAGCGUUCAUCAGCAUCGAUGUUCCAUAUGAUGGCUGGAACAUCAACAGGGGCGAUCAUUGCAGCUGGUUUAUCUACUCCAAAUUGUGUCAAUGUGAACACACCUCGUUAUAAAGCUGCUGAUAUUGUUAAACUUUACGUAGAUAAUUCCAAUGAAGUUUUUCAGAAACAAUCGGGAAAAUUUUAUAAUGUGCGACGUCAUAUUUCACAAGAAGCAAAAUAUGUUGAUGACGCUCGUCAGAAAUUAUUUGGACGGUAUUUUGAUCAUACACGUUUGUCACAAGUCUUAACUGAAUUGGUUAUACCAGCAGUAAAAAACGAUACGAAACUGACGCAUUUAUUUAACCGUUAUGAUUGUCGUUAUAAUCAUGCACGAGAUUAUGAGUUACAGCGUAUUCUCAUGUGUACAUCAGCAGCACCAACUUAUUUUCCACCGCAUAAAAUGGAUGAUUGUUUCUAUGUUGAUGGUGGAGUGCAAAUGAAUAAUCCCGUCAUGGCUGCGUACGAUGAAGCUAUACGAUAUGGAAAAUCUAAAGAAAAUAUCUUCAUUUUAUCGCUUGGUACUGGUGAUUAUGUACCGAAUCCGUUGAAUCCCAAUGCUAGUCGACAUCUAUUAUUUUAUGCGAAGCAUUCUAAAGAAAUUGUAAAUAUUGUGUUGGAUGGGCCACAAUAUAAUAUGGAUGUGCAUAUGUUAUCGGUUUUAAGCCAGGAAAAAUAUCAACGAUGGCAAUUGUGGUUUGAAGAGCCGAUUGAAUUAGAUGCGACUGAUCGACCAUCAAUUGAAAUUUUAUUUGAUAAUGCACGAGCACAUUUCGAAGAAAUGGAAGAAUAUGACAAUGACAAACGUUUAGGUCUUCUACUUGAUCGAUUAAAAGGCGAUGCACACUAG